AUGGAUGUCAAGACUGCCUUUCUCCAUGCUGAAUUGGACGAGGAGAUCUACAUCACUCAGCCUCUGGGCUUCAAGUCAGCUACAAUGCCCAGUCACGUCUGCCACCUGAUCAAGAGCCUGUACAGCUUGAAGCAGGCCCCAUAUGUGUGGAACAAGUCCAUCAACAGUCACCUACAGGCCAAUGGCUACCAUCCCACCAACACCAACACAUGCAUCUACAUCCAUCAUGAGGGGCGCAGCAUUGUGUUCCUGUCUCUCUACAUGGACAAUUGCACCAUCUUCUCCACCCACAACCUGCUGCAGGAGACCAAGUCUGUCCUUUCAACCAAGUUCAACAUCAAUGAUCUGGGUGAGGCCUCCUCUGUCCUCAGUAUUGAAAUCCUGCAAGAUCAUUGCCAUGGCACUCUCCAGCUGCAUCAGGCUGGCCACAUCAACAGUCUUCUCACCAAGUUUGGCCUAACUGACUGCAAGCCCCACUACACUCCCAUGAACGUUGGGCUAAGUCUUAGCUCUGUCCCCAACUGGGGCAGCAACACCAUUGACAGGUGA